CAUCACUCCGUUUUCCAGAUAUCCAUUUUUCACAUACGCACCGCUGUCGAUGGUUUUGCCCUUCAUUUCCAAGCAUCCAUUACUCUGCAAGAUACCUCGGACACUACCAAAAUGCAUUCCUGGCAUCGCACUCUCGAAACAGGCGCGCUGCUUCGCCUCCUCUACUCCUUCGUCAAGCCCGCCUCUCCCUAGGCCGUAUCGCUUCCACGUUGGGGCGAGCUGGGCAGGAAAGCCGCAUGACCCGCGCGGUCCACGAGUCAACACGGACCCGUUCCCUCCGGACAGUCCGAUAGGGAAAUGGCGAGACACGACGUUAUCGCGGCCGAACCCUGGAGCUGGGAAGCAUAUCGGGGAGGACUUCUUUUACAUUCAGGAUAUGCGCGAGGGCUCCGGGGUCUCGCUAGGUGUCGCGGACGGAGUGGGUGGAUGGGUAGAGUCGGGCAUUGACCCGUCACUAUUUUCUCAAGCACUCAUGUACCAUGCACACCGAUAUUCAAAGGUUGCCUGGCCUGGCGAGCCCGAGGUUGACCCUAUGCAAGAGUAUGAAGAGCGUGAGCAGGUGGAAGGGUGGGAGUUGUCUCCGGUGGAGUGCCUAGAAUCUGCGUAUGGAGGUGUGCUUAGGGAACGAUACGUUGUAGCCGGUUCAAGUACCGCGUGCAUACUCACACUCAACGCGUCGACGGGGAUGUUGCGGGCGGCAAACCUCGGCGACAGUGGAUUUCUCAUAAUCCGCGGUUCGCAAGUCAUCUAUCAGCAACGCUCUCAAACACAUUUCUUCAACUGCCCAAAACAGCUGUCGAAGCUGCCUGUAGCCCAAAAACGCUUUUCCCGAGCCGUUGUAGAUCACCCAAAAGACGCAGACUUAUGCGAGCUCAAGUUACGGCAUGGUGACCUGAUCAUCGCAUAUACCGACGGACUAUCGGACAACGUCUUCCCUUCGGAGAUGGUCGCCAUCUGUGGCCUCGUCGCGAGGCAGUUUCAGCUGAAUAGGCGCACUAUCACACCAGUGGGUGAGAUGGAGUUCGAGGGGAGCGCCGAGGACCAGGAGGUCCAAGCGAUGGCCGAGCGUAUCGUGGAUUACGCGCGGAUUUGUAUGGCGAACACGAAGAGGGUCAGCCCCUUCGAGCGAGCCGCUGCUCGUGAGGGCAUGUACUUCCGGGGCGGGAAGGUGGAUGACGUCACCGUUCUCGUCACGAUGGUCCAAGAAGCGAUCUGAAGGCUUAUGAACAGAGAAGCCCUCUGGCCACCCUUGAUCCUCUUGUAACCAGACUAUGCGGAUAUCGGACUAGGCUACAUGGUGCAUUGCGAUACCCUAAUGCUGAACACUUGGAUGUCCAUGUGUAAUGUAUCUGUAGAGGCAUCUUAUUGUCGUUACUGUUUAUUGUAAUAUAUGCACACCGGCGCACAUCUUUCAACGUAUUUCGAGAGAGUGACGUUGCAGGCGCGCCGACGGAUCGCGGGUUGAUAGCUGCACUUUCCCCCGAUGUCACUUUGAGUUUCUGCUGGGAU